CAGCCAUAGCUGCAUCGGAAAGAAAACGAAAAGCGAAAUUCAGUUGCAGCUACAGAAGCAGGACAAUGGCGGAGGAGUGGAUUUUAAGCUCAUCGAUAAAUCCUAUCUCUGUUUCAAUCGUCGUAGGUAUUCUCCUGAUCCUCUUUAUCUGGUUAAGGAAAUCUCCAGGCAAAACUCCUCCAGGUCCAAAGGGAGUCCCGAUUUUCGGCAAUCUUCUCCAGCUCGGCGAUUUGCCUCACGAAACUAUGCACAAAUGGCGGAAAACCUACGGCCCUGUCUUAUGGCUCAGGCUCGGCUCCGUCGACACUAUGGUGGUGCAGAAUGCGGCUUCGGCGGCGGAGCUCUUCAAGAAACACGACCUUCCCUUCGCCGACAGGAAGGUCCCGGACGUCCUGACCGCCUACGACUUCAACCAGGGAACUCUGGGCAUGAACCAGUUCGGCGGCCACUGGCGGGUGCUCCGGCGCAUCUGCUCCAUGGAGUUCCUAGUCAACAAACGGAUGAACGAGACGACGGAGCUGAGGCAUCGGAUCAGGGAAAACAUGGAGGGAUGGAUCCUGGAAGAGUCGGCGGCGUCACUCGGCGCCGGCGGCGAGGGCGCCGUGCAGCUCAGCCGUUGCCUUUUUCUCAUGGCCUUCAACCUCAUGGGGAACCUGAUGCUGUCCCGGGACUUGCUGGAUGUGAAGGACCCAGAGUCCCGGGAGUUCUUCGACUGCAUGAAUAAGGUCCUGCAGCUGUCGGGAACACCCAACAUCGCCGACUACUUGCCGUAUCUCAAGUGGAUGGAUCCCGCCGGGAUGAAGCGCAAAAUGAUGCAGAAUCUCAGCCGUACGAUGAAAAUCGCUUAUAGAUUCAUCAAGGAGAGGCACGACGACAGAAACGCCGGUAAGGUCCGGGAGAAGAAGGACUUCCUCGACGUGCUGUUGGAGUAUAAAGGCGACGGGAAAGACGGCCCCGACAGGAUCACCGAGAAGAACGUCAACAUUAUCAUUACCGAAAUGUUCUUCGCCGGAUCGGAAACGACGAGCAUAACCAUCGAGUGGGGAUUCACGGAGCUUCUGCGGAACCCUAGCGCUUUCCAGAAGCUUCGAGAAGAAUUAGACAGCGUGGUGGGCGUGGGGAGACGGGUAGAAGAAAGAGACAUUGAAAAGAUGCCGUAUCUUCAGGCCGUCGUGAAAGAGACUCUUCGGCUGCACCCGGCGCUGCCGCUGCUGCUCCCGAGGAACACCAUGGAAGAUACGACCUACCUCGGGUACAGGAUCCCGAGGGGGACCCAGGUGCUUGUAAACGCAUGGGCCAUAGGCCGGGACCCGGAGUCCUGGCCCGAUCCGCUGAGCUUCAAGCCGGAGAGGUUUCUGGAGUCCGGCGUGGAGUACAAGGGCCAGCACUUCGAGUUGAUCCCGUUCGGGUCGGGUCGGAGGAUUUGCGUUGGGUUCCCGUUGGCUCACCGGGUGGUGCCCCUGACCCUGGCUACUCUGGUCCAGGCCUUCGACUGGGAUCUCGGCGCCGGAGUGCGGCCGGAGGACAUUGACAGAGAUGAGCGGCUGGGACUCACUCUGAGGAAGAAGAAUCCGCUCUACGUCAUCCCACAGAAGCGCCUCAACGUCAGAAAUUGAUGAUUCCUCGAAGAAAUCGAACUACUUCAAUUAUUACUGCUGUUAUCAUUACCACUUUUAUUGAAAUUUAUUACAGGUGUAAUAUAUUAUAAUAAACGCUAUUUGUAUCUGUACCACUAAUUUCACUUUCAAGCAAUACUGUGUAGAACGAGUGUGUGGCUGUGUGGCUCCAACAAAUAAUUUUGUUAAUUAAAUAUAUUUGCUCAAUCGAA